GCGCAAAGCGCCAGGCGGCGAGUCUCCACGGAGAGAGGCGCACAGCUCAAAAUAUAUUCAGUGUAUUGCAAAGAAGCGUGCGACGUGCCGUUCGCGUUUCGCUCGCGCGUUUGCUCCUUCGUUUGCGCGCGCAUCUUCUCUUUUCUCUCGGUUGUAAGACGACGCUUCGCGAUAUACUCUAUAAUAUACAUUAUAUGCUCGCACGAGCGUUUUCCGAGGAAAGAAAAAUAGUUGGACGCUUUUUCCUUCGAGAGGAGAAAAGAGCCUCUCUUUCUGUUUCUUUAUUUUCCCCUUCCCCCUUCCUCCACCCCAUCCCUGCCCUACCCCUCGACCCCUCUUUCUUUCUCGCUUUUUCUCACUUUUCCUCGACGUAGGAGCGUCGAAGAAGAUACAGGAGGAUCUUAGAGGAUACAGGAUCCUCUUAAAAAGAGGAGAACCGUGCGUGCCAGAGAGGAGGCUCUUUCUCUUGGUUGACCGUGAGCCCAGUCGUAAACGCCAUCCACUCUUUUCUCCGCUAGAGAGGAUUUUUCUGUGAAAAAAAGUAAAACAGAGGAGGAGAAGGAGGAGGAAGAGGAGGAGGAGGUUAUCGCUCGUGACUAGAAAGGAGGAAGGAGGAUCGACGAUCGGAGCUUUUCCCACGAGAGAGAUCGAUAGCGAAACAAUUGAGGAGCCAUGGCCUUCGAAUCUUGAAAGCUCAACAACGUUCGAUGCUUCGGCCGUGGUCUACGCGCAAAAUCUUUUGGAAGAUCUUCUUUCCGCAUAUAAAUUAGACGUGUACUUUUGAUUUCUUUUGCGAAACUUUGACGGAGAACUUUCCUUUCUCUACAUCGCCGCCGUUCGGGAUAAGAGAGAAUGGAACAUGAAGGAGACGGGUGCGAGUUGGUAGUAGAAGCGAGACCGUCGUCGUCACCGAUGCCACGUUGUUGGUCAUCAUCGUCGUCGUCGCCGUCGCCGUCGUCGUCGUCGUCGUCGUCGUCGUCGCCGCCGUCGUCGUCGUCGUCGUCGUCGUCGCCGUCGUCGUCGUCGUCGUCGCCGUCGUCAUCGUCCAGCGUCACCAACAUCCUUGUACUUUCAACGGAAGAAAAAACCGAUCGGCAUCGGUUCUCGUCAACGUUCUGGUCGUUCUCCUUGCCAUAUUGGUCCCUAUCGGUGCCAUCGUACGAAGUUACCGUAGUAGAGAGCUCGACGAGAGCGAUCGGUGGUGGCCCGGGUGCUGCCGCCGGGCCGGCGAUGCGACGAUGAGCUCGUCGAGGGUGUUAGCAUCACCACCACCACCACCACCACCACCACCACCACCACCACUACCACCACCACUACUACCAUCACCAUCGCCAUUGACGCUAUUAUCUUUAGCACUCCACGCCCGUUUCUAUCUACCGCCCUCCGAUUGUUGUCAUUGUUGCCGGAGAUCUUACAUUCCGGAAAAGUUAACGAGAGUAAAGACCUGGAGGAGGAGGGGGAAGAGGAGGAAAAGGGAGGUGGAGCGAGCCGGUGCUGGACCGACGACGAGGGCAACGACGACGACGACGACGACGACGACGACGACGAGGAGGAGGAGGACGACGACGACGACGAGAAGAAGAGUGAGGAGGACGGAAAGGGCGACGGCGACGACGUUUCUUCGAUUCGUCCUUCGGCCAUGGACCUCGAAACGAGGAACGGCACUGACAACAAUGAAGACGACGACGAGUACACCAAUAUUCACUUUAUCAUUGGCGACCGCAGAGAGACGGCAACCUAUCGCUCUGACCAGGUUACGGACAAGGAGCUGAAGGAACUCUUUAGAAACGCUGCGGAGGCUGGACCUCUGGAUAUCGUGAAGCUUCGCAAGGGAGAUAAGCUCCUGAAUAUUUCGUGUCACUUGCCGGCAAAUACUCCCGACACGCCCUAUGUUCUUCAGGUCGUCGGUGCUCACCCCGCCUCCUCGGGGAUGAUGGAGUUAGAAGUUCUGCGGGCACUCGAGAGCCGCGUGGCGAGCCUGGAGCGGGAACUGCGCGAGCACCAGGAGGCCAUUUGCGCGUCACCACCGUUGGCACUUCGGGAACUUAAGAGGCAGGUCGACAGCUUCAAGAACAAGCUCGAGACUACCGAGCACCUCAGCUGGCUGGGUUUCUACAAGCAACUUCCAGAACCCAUUUCCUCGAAAGCAUGUAGAAGGUUACAAUAUCGUCGGAAGAGCGACGGCAUAAAGCGUAAAGUGCGAGAAAAGUUCCUCAACAUCUGCGAUGUGGCCAUGUCAUCGAACGUUCGAGAAUGGCUUCGCUCGCCGGCCUUCGAUGCCCGACAAUGGGAAGACGAGGAGCUCCUUCUGAUGCUGCAAACGAUGUUCGUCGAGCUCGACCUACCUCAAAAGUUCAACAUUCCCUUAUACGUUCUGAGGAACUUUCUAUACGAGGUCUACAUAAACUACAACGAGGUGCCAUUCCAUAACUUCCGGCAUUGUUUCUGCGUCGCUCAAAUGAUGUACGCGAUAGCUUGGGCGGUGGAUUUGCCGUCGCGGAUCGGCAACCUCGAGGUCUUCGUCCUGAUUGUCUCCUGCAUAUGCCACGACCUCGAUCAUCCGGGCUACAACAACAUCUAUCAGAUAAACGCGCGUACCGAGUUGGCCCUGCGUUACAACGAUAUCUCGCCUCUGGAGAAUCAUCACUGUUCGGUGGCCUUUCGCGUCCUAGAGUCCGCCGAGUGUAACAUCUUGGCGUCCUUGGACUGUUCGACCUACAGGACGGUGCGCGAAGGUAUCAUACGAUGCAUUCUCGCAACCGACAUGGCAAGGCAUAACGAGAUACUAGCGCAAUUCACCGACAUCAUCGCGGACUUCGAUUACUCGAACAGGGCCCACAUUAAUCUGCUAUCGAUGAUCCUGAUAAAGGUUGCCGACAUCAGUAAUGAGGCACGGCCUAUGGAAGUCGCGGAACCGUGGUUGGACAGGUUGCUUCAAGAGUUCUUCAAGCAGAGCGACGCGGAGAAACUCGAAGGGCUUCCGGUAACUCCGUUUAUGGAUCGUGACAAAGUGACAAAACCCUCGUCGCAGUGCAGCUUUAUCGGCCUAGUUCUUCUUCCUCUCUUCGAAGCCCUCGGCGAGCUGUUUCCCGAACUCGAGGAUCUCAUAGUGCGACCGGUGAGAGAAGCUCUCGAGUAUUAUCGAAGACUUAACGAGGCGGCAAAGGACGAGCGGCAUCAUCGUAAGAGCGUGGUAGAUCUCGGAGAAUCGAAUCAGUCUUUGGCCCAGGUCGCGACUAGUUCAACGGCCGCGGCCUCGACGUCGACGUCGACGUCGACAUCGGCAACGACGGCGGUCGUCAAAUCUACCUCGUCUCAUAGCAUGCGCUCUAAACGUUCCGCCGGUACUAUUCACUCGAGAUCGCGCUCGACGGAGGAGGACAUUACGACGGAAGAUCUAACGAUCGAGGAAGCGGAGAAUCUCGAGAGUUCGGAUCCCGAGACGGCAACCGAAGUCGAGAUCAGUGAGAAGACGUUAAAGUUUAAAAUCUCGACGGAGGGUACGACCGUUGGAUCUGCCACGCAUUCCGGCAGAAAGAGUUAUCCCGGUAGCCGGAAGGGCAGCAAGGAGAAAUCCUCCUUGGAUUAUCACAAUUACGAGCUUGCGCGAGCCAUGAGGGAACACGAGCGCGAGCGCGAUCGAGAGCGCGAGAGGGAGAGGGAGAGGAGACGUAGCCGCGGCGAGAACAAUCUCGGGAGUGAUCUUAGCUCGCCGGUUAGCGUGAGAUCGAUCGACGGCAGUAAAAUACUCGAAGAACUCGAGCGAGACGAUUCCAUUUUCUUCGAUGAGAACGUCAUCAACGAGGAGAUACAGGUGGUCGAGGGUAACGGGAACGCGAUCGGUGACUUCCAAAAGGAACGUACCAGAAGGAAUGGCUCGAAGCAUCAAUCCUCUUCCGGGAUAGGUCGCAAGGACGUUCCGAUAAUUCGACGAGAAUCGAUCGUCUCUUUGCGUUGCUCUUGCGACGACAAGAGCAACUCCUCGAAUAAUCACAAGUCGUUGCUAUCGCGUUUGAGGAACUUUACGGAUCGUUUGAGCAUAAGUUUCGACUCCAAAGAUUCACCUAGUCCAAGAGCCACGAAACACGUGGCGAAAAGUCUGAAUAAAAACAAUUCCAUGAGCGCUAAUACUUGCACCGCUAUCGCCAGGCGCCGGCAACAGCAGCAGCAGCAGCAGCAGCAGCGCGAUCCUCCGAGCAUUUGCAAGCGAUGUAAUCUCAGGAAAGUAGUAGCGAGCAAGGAGGACGCCGGAAAGAUCCCUCCGACGACGGUAGUCGAGCUGUCGAGGGCUAUAGAUAAGAGGGCUAUGACGUUGCCGAAAGUGAGAAAGAUGCAGGAUUCGAAGAGUAAGGGUUGGAAGACGGUCUUCGCGAAGGAAAGAAAAUCGUCGGCCUCGUUGGAAGUUUUACCCGGCGAGAAUAAGUCGAUCGAAUCGAAGCAUCGGAGAAAUCUAUCGAAUCCGGAAGGUAAAUGUUCAAAGGGGCAAAAGGGCCUCGACAUUGGCAUCGACAUCGGCAUAGACAUAGACAUCGAGUUCAAGGAGAUCGAGGUGCGCCCUUCUAGAGGCAUCGGUCAGCAACAACGGGAAAAACCAGAGAUAGUCGUUAAUCCGGAUAGCUCGUCGCCGUGCGGAUACGAGGACGCCGAGGAUAUGGGAAAAGUCGAAAUCAGACGGAGCUCCGCCAGUAUGGAGGACAUAUCAAAGAUCACGAAGCAAACUGAAAAUAUUCUUUUGGGCUCCUUGGAGGCAAAAAAAGCGGAGGACCUUCAGCAUACGGGUAGUUUAGACUCGAUGCUUUGUAAGGAGUCGUUAAAGGCGAGGAAAAAGAUUAACGCGUUCUCAUCGCCUGCCGCCUCGAAGAAAUCCUCGCCGGGUCUCUUUUCGCGUUUCAAGUCAGGCAUGAGCAUCGACAGCACCAGGAGCAACAGCAACAGCGGUUCGUUGCACGAUCAGGGCUCGCAACACUCUCAGACCGGUUGGAUAUCCUCCUUGGCCGCAAGUUUUCGGCCAAAGAGACAAACGACGAGCGAGUUGCCGUCCUCGUCGACCCCGGUCCAUCCCCAAUCACAGAAAUCUCAGAGCCGCGAUGAGAUCAAGUGAUACGUCCUUCGCGUCGAUCGAGGAGCCGAAAGAGAUGGAUCUUCCAAUUCGUCGCGUCGAGAAUGGUGGGCGCGACAGCCGUUCUGCUGCAACAGCUAAUUUAGCGCGAGAAGAAACUCUCUUCUUCGGCUCGCGAUCGAGCGCGAUAUUUGAUUUGCCAAAUCGCUACCAAAUUUUUUUCCCGGUGUUCCAGCGAGUCGCGCUUCGACCAUGGAAUCGACCAAAUUUCUAACGAGACUUUCCAAUUCCUUGGAUUUCGGUGUAGCAUCUCAUUUUUCCCUUGCUACGCGACCUCCUACGCGUCACGCCAUUUUUUCUCCCUUUCUUCUUUUUAUUCUUUAUAUUUUGUUUUUCUUCCUUUCUUUCUUUCUUUCCCUCUCUUCUUCCUCCCUUUUCUUUCCAUUCCUUUUCUUUUCUUUUUUCGAUAAACAUAGAUUAGGUUAUUUAUUGUCGAAUCAUGGCACAGCCUAACGAGUAAAUGUCAAUGUUGUUCGUUGAAUAGAUGCGCGUAUAUACCUAUAUAUAUAUAUAUAUGAAUAUACGGAAAAGAGGUAAGCGUAGAAGAAUAAACGCCCUUAAGGUAUUCGUCUCGUUCGACAUCGGACAACACAUUGUGUACGCAUACGUGUGUCGCUUAAGCGCGUUUUACGCAUGUGUGCAGCUAUUUGUGUACAUAUAAGACACGUCACACACAACAAGUUUAUAUAUGUAUAUAUACAUAGGAUAUGCUAGUUAGAUAGAGAAAAAAUGUUGAUUCGUAGACGGAUCGACUCUUGCGUGUAUGAUACAGAAACGAACGAAAGAUAUAGGUAUGAGAGAUAGCUCUAGUGGAAAUAAGAAAGACGCAGCCUAAUUGUCUUUCUGAUUUGUGAUCGGUGAAACGAUCGACGAACGAUCGACCGCUCGAUCCCUCGACGUUGUUGAAACACGCGCCUUUUUUUUUUUUUUAAUCUUCGAUUACUUUUUUUUCUGCUUUCCUCUUUUUUUAAAUGUUUAUAUUUUUAUACUAUUAUUACAUCGGCGUGUCCGUAAGCGAUUAAGAAACCGCACGUAUUGUUGAACUCUAGUCUUACGUUAUUGUUUUUGAGAGAGAGAGGGGGGGGAAGGAGAGGAGAGGAGAGGGGGAGAGCCUGAACCUAUAUUAGGGUAUUUUUUAGUUUUUUAAUUUUUUCUUUUUUUCUUUUUUUUUUUUUUUUUUUUUUUUUUUUUCUUUUUUUUAAUAACGACCGUAGCUUUAUUCUUUAGGGGGUAAGUUUACCCUUCGACUUUGACGAUCUCAACGAUCGUUUUGCGUUAACGCGCCUAACGUUCCUUUCAACCUUUUCCUUUCGUUGCGUCGAGGAAAAAGGUUCGUUAAGUUUUAUCGAAGGAAAAUAAUUGAGAAAUCAAAUGAAUGCGACGAGCAAUGUCUACGAGUUGACUCUAAUGAUACUUUUAAAUUUUGAGACACGCCUCUUCAUCGAAUCAAAAAUCGUCACUUCCUGGAAAUACUAAACAAAUAUUGUUCUACGUAUGUAUAUCGAUUCGUCGAUCGUCUGUCUGUCUCUUACGACUAUAAAUGUGCAAACUUCCUUUAGAUGUAUGAACUUUUAUCCUAAAGAUUGCGAGUAGAAAAAAAGGACUACCUUUUAUAUCGGUAUAUGUUGGCAAUUCGGAAGGAUUCGAAAUCGUGGAAUGAGAAUUGGAAGGAACGAGAGUGCUACGCCGUGCGUUAAGAGAAAGAGAGAGUAUGUGUGUGAGAGAGAGAGAGCAAGAGAGAGAGAGAGAGAGAGAGAGAGAGAGAGAGAGAGAGAGUGAAAGCCGCGUAAAGUAAAUGUAUAGACUAUAUAUGAUCAAUUAUCAAACACUAUCUGUGCCUGACCUACGUAUUUAUUUGUCAUUUUCCUAAUUACUAAUCUUACCCUCUUCUCAUAUGGCCGAAUAAAUGUGGGCCAAUUUUUCUAACUAAACUGGUAAAAAAAAAAAAAGAGAAGAUUUUUAAUCUAGCCGGACAAUCAAUAUCGCUCGAUAGAAUUCCAAAUGGAUCGUUAAAAACGUAUCUCUAUCGAAUGUUCGAAGCGUCUUACGAUUUUACUUAAAAACCGAGAAAUGUAUGAACGAUAAAAACGCGUUUCCGCGAAAAUCGAACUAAAGCAUCAAAACAAAAAUUUGAAAUAUAUUUUUAAAUGUCCACUUUAAUACUAAUGCUUUUUUAUCGGUUAGUAUAUAUAAAUUAGAGUCGAUCGAAUAGCAGAUAUAAUUCUCUGACCGCGCAUGGUUAAUGCGCGUGAUACGUGCUAAGAGGAAGAGAAGAAGAAAAAGGGAAAGUGAGAGCAGCGAUCAAAAAGUUGAAACUUUGAAAUCGAUAUCAAAUGGGCCAAGCGGGUCGCAUCCUCGCGACACCGCCCUCACUUGUCAAUUCGUUAUUUACUCGCACUACGUGUCCUUCUCAUAUUUCAAUUACCAUUGUCAAUUACGGAAUACAACCGGUCGAUCUCUGUCACAGCUUCUCUUAUCUCCAAAGAGAAUUUACUUUAGUGUCGUGAAAUAUUAAAAUCCUAUUAAGCGCACCGUCGAAUCCGAUUCUCCUCUGUCAUGCGUUGGUCCUAUCGAACAAUACGACAAAUUUAUCCGUUUGUCGUCUUUCCCAAUCCAUAGAUUAACGAACGAGAUUCAUAAAGUACAGAUUAAACUGCUUAUUUUAUCUCAUAUGAAAAUAGCACGAACUGACCCAAUGUCGUAUAUAAGGAAAAAGAUAAGUAUACAAAUGAACGAAAAAAAGAAAAAAGAAAAAAAAAUAUAUAUAUAUAUACAUGAAUUACAGUUCUAUGUACGGAUAGAAAUAUAUUUAGCUGAUACGAGAGUUUAACCGUUUGCGUAUCAGACAAAACAUAAUCGAAAAACGCCAAGGAGCAUAAUCGCGCUUCGUCGAUUACAUAUCGAAAAAAGCCGAAGAGCGCGAUAGCGCUUGUCAUGUUCAAUGCGGUAAACAAACAUAUAUGCAAUACAUAAAAUAAAGUUAUGAAUGAAAAAA